AUGAUUGACUUCCAGAAAACAUUGGAAUCCGAAUCCGGUAAAGAAUCCGGAUCCGAUUCCGAGAAUGAAAGCAAAAGCGAUAGCUCCUCUUCCGGCAGCAACAGCGGCUCGGGAUCGGGAUCUGAAAGCGACUCUAGCUCCUCGAGCGGUUCCGGUUCUGGAUCAGGCUCCGACUCGGAAAAGUCGGAGAAGUCGGAUGCACCCGCUGCACAAAGCGAUAGCUUCCAGAGCAAAGGCUCGAAUCACAGCACCGAAGCAAAGCUUAGAGUUAAACAUGAGUCUAGUCGCGAGUGGGAUGAGAAUCCUGACAUAUACGGCAUCAGGAGAUCCGGGCGUUCCAGGAAGGAGCCUGACAGACUCGCGACGAAUCGCGAGAGCGACAGUGACAGUCGCAAGAAAUUUAAGAAGAAAGGUUCACACAAUUCGUGGAAUACAGAAAGUUCGGAUUCAGAAUCUGAUGAAACUGAAAAUCGUAGGCCUCCACCUAGCAAAUCUCUAAACAGACGUGCGGCACAAAAAGCGAAAGAGAAAACUAGAGUGCGGAAGAAACAUAUUUCUGAAUCUUCUGAAAAUUCUUCCUUUGACAGUGAUGAUAAUAGAAGACAAGUUAGUAGACGAACGGGUACGGCGGUUAGUUACAAAGAGGAAAGUGAAGAAGGUACCGAUAGCGAGGAUUUGGUCGAAGUUGACGAAUCAAAUGCUGCGUCAACAGAGCCUGACAAUGCGGAAACUAUUGAACAAAUUUUGGGACAGAGGAUAGGCAAGAAAGGAGUUACCGGUAAUGUAACAACAAUCUAUGCCGUGGAAGAAAACGGCGACCCUAAUCCCGAUGACUUAAGUAACGUGGAAACCGAAGUACAAUAUUUGAUAAAAUGGAAAGGCUGGUCUCACAUACACAACACGUGGGAAUCGGAGGAAUCAUUAAAAGCACAAAAAGUAAAGGGAUUGAAGAAAUUAGACAAUUUUAUCAAACGUGAACGUAGAAUCGAGCAGAUGAGAGAAUAUGCUGAACCAGAAGAACUAGAUUAUUUAGAGUGUCAGUUGGAACUUAAACAAGAUCUUCUAAAAAGUUACAACAAUGUCGAAAGAAUUAUUGCUGAUUAUAAGAAACCAGACUCAGAACAUCCCGAUUAUUUCUGUAAAUGGGAGAGUUUACCAUAUGCCGAUGCUACAUGGGAAGAUGGAACAUUAAUAGUUAAAAAAUGGCCAGAAAAAAUAAAAGAAUUUCGCGAUAGAGAGGAUUCUAAAAGGACACCUAGUAAACAUUGUAAAGUCCUUAAAUCCAGACCUAAAUUUUAUCAAUUAAACGAACAACCCGCCUACAUGGGCAAAGAGAAAGACUUAGUAUUGAGAGAUUAUCAGAUGGAUGGACUUAAUUGGAUGAUACAUUCUUGGUGCAAGGAAAAUAGUGUUAUACUAGCCGAUGAAAUGGGUCUUGGUAAAACAAUCCAAACGAUAUGCUUCCUUUAUUAUUUAUUUCAUACGCAACAACUUCAUGGGCCAUUUUUAUUAGUAGUUCCUCUGUCGACAAUGACUUCCUGGCAAAGAGAGAUGUCUCAAUGGGCACCUGACAUGAAUUUCGUCACUUACUUGGGCGAUGUCAAUUCUCGUAAUAUUAUUAGGGAAUACGAAUGGUGCUACCGAGGUUCAAAGAGACUAAAGUUUAACGUCAUACUUACGACGUACGAGAUAGUACUUAAGGAUAAAGCGUUAUUAGGUGCCUUAAAUUGGGCGGUGUUGCUAGUGGACGAAGCUCAUAGAUUAAAAAAUGACGAUUCCCUGUUAUACAAAGCUCUUAGCGAGUUUCAUACCAAUCAUCGUUUAUUGAUUACUGGCACUCCAUUACAGAAUAGCUUGAAAGAGCUGUGGGCCUUACUACACUUCAUUAUGCCUACAAAAUUUACCUCUUGGGAAGAAUUUGAGAAACAACAUGACAAUGCUGCACAAAAGGGAUAUUCCAAGUUACAUAAACAAUUGGAACCAUUUAUCCUGCGCCGAGUUAAGAAGGACGUCGAGAAAUCUUUGCCCGCUAAAGUCGAGCAGAUCUUACGAGUAGAAAUGACAUCUUUGCAGAAACAAUAUUACAAGUGGAUUUUAACCAAAAAUUAUGAAGCGUUGCGAAAAGGUGUAAAGGGUUCUACCACGACAUUCUUGAAUAUUGUUAUUGAAUUGAAAAAAUGUUGCAAUCAUGCCUUUCUUACGAAACCAAUCGAGGCCGAAAAGGAAAAGUCCAACUUAAAUUAUUUACAGCAAUUAAUUCGUGGUUCUGGUAAAUUAGUGCUUCUGGAUAAAUUAUUAGUGAGAUUGCGCGACACAGGACAUAGAGUACUGAUAUUUAGUCAAAUGGUCAAAAUGUUAGAUAUUCUUGGUGAAUAUCUGCAGAGGAGGCAUUUCCCAUUCCAAAGAUUAGAUGGAAGUAUAAAAGGAGAACUGAGAAAACAGGCAUUGGAUCACUUCAAUGCCGAAGGAUCGCAAGAUUUUUGUUUUUUGUUGUCAACGCGAGCGGGUGGUCUUGGCAUUAAUCUUGCCACUGCGGACACUGUGAUAAUUUUCGAUUCUGACUGGAAUCCGCAAAAUGAUUUGCAAGCUCAAGCCAGAGCGCAUCGAAUAGGACAAAAGAAUAAGGUAAAUAUCUAUCGAUUGGUUACCAAAAAGUCGGUCGAAGAAGAAAUCGUAGAACGUGCGAAGCAGAAAAUGGUCUUGGACCAUUUAGUGAUACAGCGAAUGGAUACAACCGGACGGACAGUAUUAGAUAAAAAAAAUGCGGGGACCAAUAGUAAUCCGUUCAACAAGGAAGAUUUGACUGCUAUUUUAAAAUUUGGUGCCGAAGAUUUAUUUAAAGAUGAAGAAGACGGAGACGAAGAACCAGCUAAAGUGAAAAAGAAUAAGCAAACUGCAGGUCCUAUGCAUUUUACUGCGAAUAAUGAACCAAGAGCUGUCGACGUCAUUGGUGAAUUAGAUCCACCAAUAUUUGAUGAAUGUAAAGAGAAGAUGAGACCAGUAAAGAAGGCGUUAAAGGCUCUAGAUACACCAGAUAUGUCUCUGAGCGAAGAAGAGCGAGUUGCUCGCGCGCGUCGGUGUCUCUACCAAAUCGGUAACCAUAUCAACACAUGUCUGGCAGAAUACAAGAACCCCGAGCAAAUCAGCGAAUGGAAAAGCAAUCUAUGGUACUUUGCUUCCAAGUUUACGAACUUCAAGGCAAAAAAGCUUUAUAGAAUGUACAAGAAUCUAGUGAAACAAGGUGGCGACAAUAAUAGCGGUGCGAUAUCCAGCCCUGACAAAAAGGAGGAUGCUUCCAAUACUGCUAAGCAGAAAUCUAGUGAAAAAGUGUCUCACGAAAAACAUUUUGACAAGCAACAAACGGAGAGCGGUAAUAAAGACAGCCGAGCAACGAAACGUAAAGUCGACGAUAUCGAGGAGAACUCGAACAGUAGUACACAAAGUAAGAAACAUCUCUCGAGUAUUUCCGGUGUUAGCAGCAAUAUCAGCAGCACAUCUACAGUUACUAUCGGUGCUGUUACAAUUACACCUAUAACGUCAACGCCAAAUUCCACAUCAAGUACCACUAAUAGUGCAGACACAUCACGUCAUAAAGAACAAAAAGAAUCGAAGCACAAAGAUAUGAAAAGGGAUAGAGAUCGUGAUAGAGAUAGAGAAAGGGGGCAUGACAGGGGUGCUGAUAGAGGUGCUGACAGAAAUAUCGACAGAGGUAUUGAUAGGAUAAAUGUAGGCAAGGACGACAGAAUUAGGAGAGAUGGUGGAUACAACAUGGGACAUUACAGUGGCAGUAGGGAAGAUGACCAUUGGUUAUCCAGAGAUGGAAGAGAUAUUAGAGACGGCAGGUACGGAUUCGGAGAGCACAAGCGUGAUCGCUUCGAUCCUUACGGACGAAUGUCUAGUGGUUAUCACAGAGAUAGAGAUAGAGAUCGAGAUCGUGGUAUGCAUAUGAACGACAAAAGAAGUGAUUAUUAUCGAUAUUCGUCGGGACCACCAAGUUACGGAUAUGGACCAGGUGGUUAUGGUGGUAGCAGUGGUAGUGGUGGUUAUCCGUCGGAUAUUGCACCGGGUCAUUUCAGAAGCCGAGGCUACGCGGGAGAUAGUUACUCCAAUGAUUGGCGACCCAACAAAGAUUACAGACGAGAUUACGAUAGAAGACCACCGCCGCCAAACGCCAAUUCCUAGUGCUUCUUUCUUCCUCGGUUGUGACACGGUAUCCAAACCGUUUUGUGUAUAAUUUUGCUGCGAGUGGAAGCGUUUUUGAUGACAUUUGCUUUCUCACGUCUCUACGUGGGAGAAAUACUGAGCGCACGGUGUACGAUGUUUCUGUGAGCAUGCACCAUACCUGUAUUUAUAUGUAUAAAAAAUUAUUCUGAUGUUUAUUAUAUGCGAAUAAUAAUGAUGUCGAAGAUGUGUCUAGGAUGUGUAUGGUACUCCCUGUUAGAAACAGAUACAUAGAUUGUGCAAAGAAAAGAAAAACGAGGGAGAUCGAAUUAUAUCUUCAGUGCAUAAUAAGAAAAGAAAUUUUUAUAUAUCAAAACGUAUAUUGGAAUUCAUCGAGGAAUGUUGAAAAAUGCGAACGAGCAAACAGUAUGUAUUUGCUUCUUUUUAAGUACAUAUUAAUGAGAAUUGUAUAUCGGUACGAUUUUCUUCAAUUUUCGAUACUAAUUACUAAAUUAUUUAAAAUUAUUUUGCAAUUUUUCAUAUGUAUAAUUAUGAAGAAUUAUAACUGGAUUCUACAAUUCCGAAGCACAGUUGUACUUUUUACAUUUUUUUUUUAUUAGUAAAACUGUUCUAUCUUACUUUAAAUAUUUGAAUUCGGUUUUAUCAUCGUGCAAAUGAAAAAAAGUUAGUUAACGAUGACAUUAUUGGAAUUACAAAUAUGUAUAUUUUUUAAUAUUGUAUACAGCUCUGAGCCAAUAUUUUGUACAGAAUAUUAGCUCUGGAUGCGGUUUAAUUGAUGGUCUUAUUAGCGUUAUAACUUUGUCAAUACAUGCAUAAAUAAAUCAAUGUUUUCAAAAAUCUUGAUACUCUAUACUAUCGCGCGCUCUAGAAUACUCUACAACGCUAAACGGCUACACUUAAACUACUCUCGAGAUUGAUAUCAUCAAUUGUGCCGCAUCCUCAGUUGUAUCUUUUGCAUCUUUUGUUACAUAAAAUAAGUGAAUUGCUUCCGUGCUACGCGCAUAUAUUUUGCAUUUUCCACUGAUUUUAUAUAUAAAAUUAUAAUUAUAUAAUCAUAAAAUGAUUACAUUAUUAUAUAUAUUAUAUCAUAAAAUCAAUAUUCAGUUUAAAAAUAUAGCUCGCGCACAUAAUCACCUCGAGUGUGAUAUCUAAUAAUUUGACUGUUUUUCAUCUGAGGAUCAGAUGAGGGUACCAUAUUAGCUGACUCUAUGCUAACACAAUCUGAUUUUAAUGACGUUACAGUAGAUAUAUGGACAUAGUUGCGUUGUAGCACGAUGUCCAUAUGAAAUUGUACAAAUCUAAUCAUCAAUAUAUAAAUUUUUAUUAAAAAUGAAACCAAAAGAACAUCUAUGGUUUACAGAGAAUAUACAGAAUUGUCCGGUAUGCACGGUAAAGUUGUAUUGUGAAUCAAUCUAUUUACACUUGUUACCGAAAUAUCGCAGGGACAAUUAGUGUGUUAAUCCAGCAAUCACCGAACGUAAUCUGUUAUGCAAAUCAAAAUACAACGGAAAUACAGUUUGGAUAUCGCACCCUUUUUUCGAUAGUCUUCUGACGCGUUUGUGAUUUAAAAAAAAAAAUAGAGAUAGGUAAGAAUAUACUAUUUUUGCGUUCAUUACUUUACGUAUCAUAGUUUUGUAUUCUGAAGCUACAUAACCGAUGUGACAUACUUGUAAAUAUUAGCAUAAGAUCGAUAAUUAUACUCCGUUCGUAUCGAACUGUUAAAUCACUUAAUCAGCAUUACGUUUUUUUAUUUAACAUAAUAUGAGGAAGUAUUUGCUACUUCAAUUUGGUUUCAGUUAAAAA